ACCGGGUCAGGGGCACAAACCGGUCCAACGCACCCUCAUAGGUCGUCGCCGCCGCUUUCCAUCAAUCCAUCUUCAGAACAGUUACUGACGCAUCGACCUUGCAAGGCCUGCCGUCGAUGCCCCCACGGCGCCAGACAGCGCCUCCUCCCUACGUGCGCUCAUCAUCACGCAUCCGUCGCCGAGACUUUGCUGCGCCUCGCCGCCGAGACUCCACGACGUCGAUGUGUCACAGGGAAUGCCGCUCCACCGUAGGUUGUGUGUACCUCCAUGAAUGACGCCCCCAAAAGGGAAACGACACCAGAGCGUCGCCGUCAUCCGAUCUACUGAUCUAGGGUUUCCCCCGGAGGUAGCAGAGAGUGGCCUUGAACUACUCCUCGACGAUGCCUUCAGGAAGGGAACGACGUAGACAACGCCGCCAUCGUCGGCCUUGGCAGUAGCCAAAAGCAAGCUCUCACCCAGAUCUGUUCGAAGAACCCAUCUCUCCUGCACGGGCCACCACAUCCUGCGACGUCCUCGGAAGCGGGAUCCCAAGAUCCGCCGCCACAAGGACCCACCACCUGGCCGUCAUCCCUGACGAAGGGGAUGGCGCCACCACCUUGUUCAGAUCCAGCAGCACGCCAACGCCUCCUGCUACCCCCAAUCACAUCUGUGAAGGAGGACAGUCAACGCUUAGGGCCGUCGGACGGCGCCCGAGUCCAAGGAGGACCGAUCUGGGAUUGUGAACCCCAGAUCCGUCGAUGCCAGCACCCGCAGCGCCGUCGGGAUCCCAUCGGGCCGCUGCCCGAGCGUGCCAACUCCGCCUCCAUGUCGUACGUCCAGGGGCACCGUCGCAUUUCAGCCAGAGGAUCCCCUCGUGAAGAAGGGAGGAAGGCCCGCUGUCCGCUGUCCGACGGCGGCGGGGAAGCAGGGGAGGAGGGAGGUCGAGGGCGGCGGCGGCUAGGGCGCCCGAGUCGCCCCCUGGAGGCGACGCGAGCGGUUUAGUUAGUAUAACUUGUAAAUCCUUUAAAUGGGGAGAAUUUUACUUCCCGGCCUCUGCACCAACUAGGGAUGCAUACAGCCAUAUUAGUACGAAUACCAAGAUAAACAUGGUCUUCAGAAUUUUUUUGAAAUGAGUAUCAAGAUAUUUCUUGAUGAGUAGUUCCACCACACACCAAACUUGAUCCUCAAUAAAUGGGGGAAAACCCCUGUGCAUCACUCGGGUUGUUAGGCUGCACAACCGCAUGCCCAACCACUGAGCCAAGGCUCUCUUUGCUAACAAUCUACACAGCGUGAGAUGGUCAUGUUGUUUUUUGAUCUGUGCAGUGCCGUACAAGAAAGCAUUCAGCUGAAGAUGACUAUGCAAGAACUGCAUUUAGUUCACAAGACAUAUAUCUGACGACAUGAACAUCUGAAGCAAACUAAGAAGAAAUAUAUAUCUGACUACAAAGAGUACUAUGGUACAGUCAGAUUACUUGCAGAAAUGAGAAAGACGGAUGUCUCGCUACUUAAACAAAACCUCGUGCAACUCUUGUCCAAGUAAAUUGCAAUGCCAAGUGCAGGGAAGUGGCUUCUAGUCUCCAUGACAUUAUGGAAGAGAACAAUAGUAUGCAUUGGUCAGGCAAGUGUGCACAUUAGAAUUCAAUAUUGUAGAUUUAGAAAGAGCGUCGGAGAUCCUGUCCAGGAAAUUGAUACAGACAGAAUGGUUCUUUCGGAGUAUGUGUUCUGAUUAUUUCAACUGGUGUUUUCCUGUUCUGGAGGUAAUGUUAUUGUUAAGCAUGUAGUUGUUUUACCAGUCACAUAAGCAAUAGCCAGAAGAAAAAAUAAAAUUUACAUGGAAGGUUUGUUUACUUACAACUUCAGAAAAAAAUAAAGACGGCUGAUGUUUGAUACUCAAUAAGUAUGAUUAAUGGGUAAAGGUUGUGUGAAAAUCAUAAUACAAGUAUAUGUCCAGGGGCACACACCAAAGGCUCAUUUCGGCAAUGGUUUCAUAUGAAAUGAUCAUGCUACUCACACGGUGGGUGGUUUGAACAAAGAAAAUAGGGAUAAAAUAUUGAUCCAGUAACCAACCCAUGAUCCUUGUCAAGUGGAUCAUGUUUUCUAUCACCAUAGCAUGCCAGCACCAGCGCACAAAGCUUCAGUUUGUGAUUAGCAAGAGUUUACACCAAAGAAAAUAUCUGAACAGACGACAGGGUGGCAGCCAGCAUUACACGCUUACAGUUAAAUAUGAUCCGUUAGCAAUCCAUUAAAAAAAUAUCUUGAGCAAGAAAUAAUACCAUGAUCCACCAUCAGACUUCACCACACUGCUGGUUCUUGCUGCUGAUUGUUGGAACAUGAUAACAGGAUGGCUCAUCUCUAGGACAGUGGCCACACUAAAAUAUGUAUUAAACAUGAGACGACUUGGCUGUUGUAAUCGAGAUGCUGCUGCCAGAUCUCAAGCCAUAGCAGACAGCAUCUGGGAGAUGUAAUGGCGUGAUUCCUCAUGUCUACCAGUGGACUGCUACUUCUUAUACACUUCUUCUGUAUAUAUAGGCCUCCGCCGAAUGGUAACAUCAAACCAGAAGUUGUUCUCCUGUUCUCCUCUCUUUCACAAAAAUACAUAGAAAAGCUUCCAGAUCAGAUAUGGCUUUCCACGUGAGAUCCAUAAGUUUGCCUUCUAGGCCUCAGGCCAAUGAGACUGAGGUCGAGCAAGAACUGCUGAGCAUAGAGGCAAGCAUCUCUUCUUCCAUCACCAUCGGCACGAUGUGUGAUGGUCUGAGGAGGCUUGGGGACAUCUACAAUGGUGUUGAAGAGAUUAUUUGCCUACCAAGCAAUAGGGUUAGCUCCUCUCAGCAGAGGAAGAUGUUGGAUGGAGAGAUGGAAUGCUCUCUUGGGUUGUUGGACCUCUACAGUAACAUGCAAGAGAUCUUCGUCGAAAUGAAGGCCAUCAUCCAAGAGCUGCAAGUGGCUCUGAGAAAAGGGGAUGAUGUAGCUGCUCGAGCCAAGAUCCAAUCUUACACCCGCUUGGCGAAGAAGGCCAAGAAUCAUUUCAAGAAGACCACGAAAAAGACUCCUGCAGAUUGCAACAUGAUUAUGCUAUUGACCAAGGCCAGAGAGAUAUCUGUCUCUCUGCUGGAGUCCACACUCCAUUUCUUGUCGAAGCAAAUUGAAAUGCCUAAACUGUCUCUUGUUUCCAAGGCAUUUCACAAAAAGAAGGCAGUUGUCUGCAAGGAGGAGCAAUUGCAGGAGCUAGAGUGCAGUAUCGGAGAUCUUGAGAGUGGAGCAGGACAUCUGUUCAAGAAAUUAGUCCAGAACCGAGUUUCUCUACUCAACAUUCUUAGCUCGUAGAUACUCCCAAGUCACUCUUGACGCCCUCUGGUUGGCAUCCGCCUUUUAAGGAAUGGCUGAUCAUCAUACAAUUUUCCCAGAUGUAUACACUAGUAUAAAUGUACAGGAAACUAUAGAAAGAGAAACCAAAGUUUUGAUCCA